GGGGAAAAAAUUGUACACGCUUGCCUUGCAGAAUCGGAAAUAACGGCAGAGGCGGAGAUUGACGGGGAAGACCGUGCGACGCCAAUCAUAUUGUUUUCUCUUGCAUGUUGUCUGUGAAACAAAAGUUCUCAGUCACAACCGACAACACACUACCCGACCACGUUGCGGGACUACAACGGAUUUAACGGGCCAUUGGAAUAGGGGAAUAUUCUUGCGUGGAGACAUUUAUAUAGUCUCUAUAGCAGUGGAUGGUUGGAGGAAGCGGGUCCAGGAAAGUCACAGACGACAAUGUAGGCAGCCCAGCCGGAGUCAUAUCAUGGGCUCAGAGGCAGUGGAAGAUUGUGUGCAGGGGGCUCUCUCGUCCCUCUACCCCCCUUCGAGAGCACAGCCCCGCCUCUCCUCUCUCAGGUUUUCUCUGUGUUAGAGUCGACUUAUCAGCAUGACAGUCUGAGGUACCUGCUGGAUUACUUCAUCCCAGCAAAACACCUUCUUCACAAACUACAGCAGCAUGCCUGUUCUCAGUAUCUGGGUUGUCUGUUCCUCCACUCCGGUUGGCCCCUCUGCCUCGGAGAGAAGAUUGUGGUCCAGCUCUCUACUCUGGACUGGAGGCUGCUGCGCAGUACCGACUUCUACUUGCAGGUGGUUCCCUUCUCCACACGCUGCCCCCGCCUGGCCCUCAAGUGUUUGGCCCCCGGGGGCCGCAACGUCCAAGAGGUCCUGGUGCCCGAGUCACAGCACCCCCUGGUGUUCACUACAGAGUGGCUGCACAGUGUCAACAAGGAGAGGGGCUACAAAAGAGAAGGAGGUGGAGGGUUAGAUACGUGUCUGGUCAGUACGUGUGACGGGGUGGUCCGCCUACCGUGGGAGGAGGUGGUCUACCCCAAGUUCAUCCAUAACCCAUCGGACGACCUGACUACCAUGGCUGACCACCCAACCUCCGUCUCCGACCACACCACCGACCUCACCCCGGUGGUGGGCCUCGGCCUGGGUGGCUGGGGGGGCUCCUCCUCUGGAGAACCAGACUCCUGUUCCUGGGACGAAGAAGACGAUGACCUACCUCCAGACAGUGUAGAUGCAGAGGCCGUUCUACCCCGCCGACGGUGCAGCGAGGAUGGUUUAGGGAGGACGACGAGGCAUCACCAAAUGGCUGGUGAUGGGGACUACGUGGAACUCCUGGAGCCCAGGGGGGGUCCGGACGGCGGCACAGACCCCAGGCAGAGGUACCUGGAGAUGCAUGGGAUCUGUAAGACCAAGACCCUGCCGCUGUGUAGGAGGAGCAAGGCUAUCAAGCUCCGCAGAGGGAAGGCCUGGGGGUACGGGCGACUGGACGCAGCCGGGGGCAGUAGGGGCGUCCUGGGGGGUAAGAGGGACUCUGUGACCCACCGGGGGGACUGGUUACCCCCCCGCCCCCUGCCUAGAGUUAUCGAUGUAGGCCGAGCGAGACGGUCUGAGUCGUACCCCUCCUCGCUUCAGAACUCUGACGAAGGGGAGAAACAGGCCCUCGGAAAAGACCCAGAAGGCCUAGGAAGCCAGGGGCUAUAUUUUGAUGGUCCAUCCAAGGAGAGGAGGCCCGGGGUGGGCAGGGAGAGGGAGGGCAGUGGGUGUAACGUUACACAACCAUGCAGGGACAGCCAUGGAAGUAACAGUUUGGUAGCAAGCGAGACAACAAAUCCCAAAGCAGCGCACGUUGUAGAGGGCCAAUUGGAUCAAAGCUCUCGCUCUGAAUCUGUGUUUGAGGAUACUGAUAAGUCACUGAGUGGAGACAGCGACACCAUGCCCACUACAGACACACGAGGAAGUGGGGAGAAUGUGGCGAGGCCAUUGAUUGAUAUUCCAGGAAAUGGGGAGAAUGUGGACAGCCCGUUAGCAGAUGGAUCUGAAACCCAGAAAGGAAGACAUUCCACUAGUGACUCUUGUGUACCAGACAAAACAGCAGACUCGACAGAACACAGAGGGACGGAACGUUCUCUCUCUCGACCCGGUACUGACGCUGACCCAAAGGGAGCAACAACUCCAGAAGAGAGGGCUGAAGGAAAGACGGAGGAGAUAGGAGUGUGUCCUCGAGGAAAGGAAGUAAAAACGGGAGGAUUCAGGGCACCCAGGAGGAAGAGGAAAGGGAGAGGGGGAAAGGGGAAGGCUAAAAGUGGGUGUCGUGGCAACCAGAAGACUCGAGACCAGGCCGGUUCCAAACCACCAAGUAAAACACCUCAGCAUGGUCCCGCCAUCUCCUCGACAACCAACCUGCCAAUCACUACAACCAACCUAUCAGAGGCAACACAGCAGCCUGAGGCGGCGGAUAAAGAGGUCACACCAGUCAAUGAAGGACAAGAAAAAGCUGAGAUUGGGGAAAGCAAUACAGAAAACCAGGUUGUCCAACCAGAAGUCUCACCUGACACAACUACUAGCCAAUCAGGCACAUCCUUAUCUAACCACUCUACAGAGGAGUUAGGGGCAGAGACAUCUCCUGACCUAUCAAAUGGCCUAUCACCUAAAGCCCCUCCUCUCCUAAGGGAAUUGGACACAGAACUCCUCCAAUCAGGAAAGCUGAUGUUGACAGGUACGGUGGACAGGCUGGGACGGGCUGUGGUUGUCACUGAAACGCACCUCCCAGAGGACGGUUGCCGUGCGGACGAGAUGGGCCGUGUCUUGGCCUGUUAUCACAGGAUCACCCGCUCUUCUGCUAAAGAGCGAGGCCUAACAGUAAUAGUAGACAGUAGACAAUCUCCUCCCUCCGCUCUCUGCCUCGCUGCACUGAAACAAUUACAGGCUGUGGUCCCGGGAGGUCUUGGCUCUGUCCUCAUUCUGGUGGAGGAGCAGCACCAGGAGUCAUCUACACACAGUCUAGAUGGAGUAGAGGUGCACACGGUGCGAGGGACAGGGGUCCUUCAGCAGUAUAUAGACAGGCAGCAGCUGCCCCUGGAGAUGGACGGAGACUACAAACAUUGCCACUCUGACUGGCUGGCCUUCAGACUGAGUGUGGAGAGUCUAACUGAGUGUUGUGAGAGCGCACUCUCUCUGUUGGAGGAUGCACUGCAGUCUAUGGACACAGCACCACUACCAGACUGUAUCAAGACUGUUCCUUUAAGUGUGGAAAAACACAGACAGCUGAUGACGAGCAUCCUAGUCGACCAACGGCUGACUGAGCUGCAGCGCAAGGGUGGGGCCUGGCUGGCAGGGCUGGCCAAUGGCACAUCAGGACUGGCAAAGCGGUCCCCAGACUGCAGAGCUGCUCUGGCUGCGACCUCUAACCUCUAUGACAGCGUGGAUGAUUCCCUCCACCGCCUCGUCCAGGUGUCCAAUCAGAGGGGCAGUGAUCUGGAAGCCCUCGGACGAUUGGCUGCCAUGGUGGACAAGCUGGAAAAGUGCGAGAGGGAGAUAGAGCAGAUCCAGGAUCAGUUGGAAGACUACAGGGAGCCUCCCAUCUCUCUCAGCAGGCUCUCCCUCAAACAGCAGAAGUUCAAGACUUUCAGAGAGUCGGCCAACGAGCUGCACACUGAGACCCUGGCGGUCCUUGGAGAUCUGGAGAGCUGGUCUGAGCUGGACUGGGGGGGACUGAUAGAGGUGCAGGUCAGGGUACCCCCGGUCAGAGAGAGACUCAGAGACAUGUCUCACUGUCUGUCUGACUGCUGGACAACACUGGACAACACACAGAGACUACUGUCCACACUGACCGAGGCCAACCAGUGGUGCGACGUCAUCUCCUCCACCUCACCCUCCCCCUCCACCCCCCUCUCCUCCCUCCCUCCCAUUCCGCCAUCUCGUUUUCAGGACGCCCGUGCCUUAGCCUUGGAGCUGGGUGGUGGAGCUCUCCUGGACCUGUGGUCUCAGACCCUUGAGAGAUACCAACGCACUGUGGCCCAGGUCAAACCCAGGCUGCUGCAGCAGGCAGAGCGAGGGCAGAACCAGGGCCAGGCCCGGCCCAAGACCCCCUCCGCCUCCAGUCUGUGGGACCUGAUGGGGCCCGAGGGAGAGGGAGACUGGGGUGUCGGGGCCGGGGGAGGGGAGGGAGGCCUCCAGUCCUGGGGGUCCCUGGCUUCACUGUUUCGCCCACAGACCUGCUCCACACUGAAGAUAGGAGAGGAGAAAGGGAAUAAGAAGGAGGGAACGGGAGGAGGUGGAGGAGGAGCGGGAGGAGGGAAAUUUCUGCAGAAUCUGUUGCAUCCGGCAAAGAAGAGCCCCACAGAAGCCCCUUUGCCCCCCAAACCCCCCAGGAAGCGUCACCCCAGCUUCGACCUCCAGGCCCUGCUGGCCCCCCGUCGGGGCCCUGCCACCGCCAGGCCUGUAGAGCCUCCUGUGGGUGCAGCCAGCCGUAACUCCCCCCUCACCUGGCUGGGGCGCCGGGCCCUCACAGACCCUGUUAUCGCCGCUGGGAUGGCAGCCGCCGUCCCCGGAUGGAGAGAGGGAGGAGGAGGAGGGAUUGGGGGAGGAAUAGGAGGGGUGCAGGGGGGAUCAGGGGUGCUCAUCAGAGGUGUAGAGGUGAGCAGCAAGGAAGUGGUGGACUACACCGGGACGCCAAGACAACACGUGCUGCUGAGCCGAGCGGAGAGGGAGACGGGAGGGGAGAGGCAGGGCACCACCACCGCACAGAGUAAACUGUACCUAUUGUGGUGCAGGAUGCUGAGUUCAGAGAGGCAGUACGUGGCUGUAUUAAAGGGGGUGGAAGAGACCUACUUGCCCCUCCUGGAGGGUCCAGACACCCCCUCCUCCCUCAGGGGGAAAGCAGAUCUCCUGUUCCCCAAAUGGGCCAGCCUCAGCUCCUUCCACUCACAGAACCUCCUCCCAGCCAUGGAGGGAGCUCUACUGCAGAGUCUGCUGCAACAGGACCUCUUCAGUAAAUACAGAGAGGAGUUUCUCCAGUACUCUCACUACAUCAGGAUUAAACCAGAAUUGGACUCCCCGUUGGUUACUCAAGCUGCGGACUUCUUCAAGCUCAGACUCCCGGCCACCCCUCCUCUCUCCCCCCUGUCGUUCCCCCAUUGUCUCCAGGCCCCUACACUGAGACUGGAACAGUACUGCGAUGCCUUGGAAGAGCUGGGAGGGCUAAACCCUGCCUCCGACUCCUCCCUCUCCGUCCUCAGACACGUCCAUCGCCACGGCGAGGACCUCCGGGCCAGCGACCUAAUCGUCGGGUGUCCGGUCCCAGUGGCGGAGCGCGGAGAGCUGGUGCGUCAGGGGGAGCUGUUGGUGUGUGGGGGGACCAGGAGGAAGAAGACAGGGGUGAGGAGUGUGUUCCUCUAUCAGCACCUCAUCAUCUUCACCAAGCAGAAGAGUCCCGGCCCAGGACGCACCGCCUACAGCUUCAAACACAGCAUCAAGACGGGUGAGAUGGGUCUGACCCAGAGUGUGGGUGAGGAAGGGGUGAGGUUCGAGGUGUGGGUGCGUCAGGCCCCUCGUAUCCGGGACUGCCUGACCCUGCAGUGUCAGAGUGGAGAGGGGAGGGCAGCCUGGACACACGACAUCGCUCAGCUCCUCUGGACUCACGCUAUACACAACACAGAGUUGUGUUUGAAAGAGACAAUGUGUAUCGGUGUGUCUAGUAAGAUACUGCUAGAUGCCACAGGAGCACCGGUAACAUCUGAACUCGACUCUAUCUACAAUCUGAAUGACAGAGUCCACAGUAGCUGUUCAGACUCUUCCUCUGUUGGCAGUCAGAAGGAGGGGGGGUCCCCAGCCUCUGGGAGGGGACAAACACAGAACCAGUCUCCUUCCACUGCGGUGUAAUCUUCAUCUCAGCAACAAACAAACUGGAUUCUGGACCUAAUAAAGACCAAAACAACAUCUCUAUGCAAGCCACUGGAGGGGUCAAACUGGACAAAAAGUAAAGGACCAAAGAGGAAAGGGCAUACAGGAAACAAAGAGACAUUACGGCUCUAACUAACCCAGGACCUGGCAUCAGCAGAGCCUGCUCUCGGUGGCCAUGUUGGAUCGGCCGGACCCAGUUGCUCGCCGAGUCAUUGAUACCGUGGACACUCCAGCCACACAGUAGAGCCAUUGUCCUCCUUCAGUGGCUCCCCACUAGGCCAAACCACUCUGCCUGAACCACUGACUGGCGGCCAUGGCCUUCGUGCUUCCACUAUCUCCUAAAACAUACAGGAGCAUUAUAGGAAAUAUAGCUUUAUACUGACUUUAUUGGACAUUAUUAAAAUUUUGCCUUUUACAAUGCUGUUUAAACAGGGACUUUUUGGGGGGGGAUGUUAGUACUGUAGCAGUAUUAUAGAUUCUGUCUGUGUGGCCGUAUAUGUGGUAUAGUAUAGGCUAGGUGUGAUUGUGAUCUAUGCAAAUGAGUACAUACGGCCCUGCAUGUAUGGGUGCACACAUUACGCAGAGUGUGGAACACACGCAUACACUCUGCAGAGAGUCUUAUUGUGCUAUAGACAGUAGAGUACUGUUCCGACACUGUGGCCAUCUUACAGCUUAGUACAGUAGCUAUAGACCAACCAGUGGGCAGAUAUCAACCAACGACAGGCAUGGCGCCCUACUCUCAGUAGGUCUUGCCUGGAAGUAAAGAGUAGAAUAAACAAUAACAUGGAAAUGAAAAAUGUCAACAUCUUAUUAUAACCAAACUAUUAAUCUCAGCACUCAGAACCAAAUAAGCUGUUAAAGAGAGAUGACCAACGUCUGUAUUUUGAGGUGGUUUUUUCGUGAGGAUGUAAAGCAAGAGGGAAUCUGGGCCAAAUGGUUACAGUGUGUCCAAUUGUUAUUGUUGAUGGUUUAAGGAAAGGUGGUAUCGUGUCUUAUUCAGGCGUAAGGCUUAUGGUAAACCGUAUAACUUGUUUUGGUGCCUUAUAGCACUGCUCUGUCUAAAGAUACAGUAGCUAUGGGACUCGAUGUCGUAUUCUCCAUUGGUCUUUUCAAUGACUAUUUCAUUGAAUGAUUUUGUGAUUCCUCUUUUUCAAUAUAAGCCAUAAUGUUGCAAGCACCAAGUGUACAAAUGUUUGAUUUGCGAGCAUAAGUUCAUGCAAUAUGACGUCGGUUGGGUCUAGAGUGUGUCAAAUGAGUCAUUUGUUUGUGUCUGAGUCAUGUGCUUAUAGCUUUAUACACGUUAUUCAAAAUGAAGGAAAGUGUUCCAUGAAAUGGAGAUGUCUGUUACCUGCCGUAUUAUCUUGCUGUGAUGUGAAAGAUUCUUUAUUUUUGAAUGCAGUAUGCACUAUUAGCUUACGCCUCCAACUUCAAUACAAUACAGUGACAAUGAUACAUCAUUUGAUGGGUGCUUAUAUUUGUCCUAAUUAACACAUGCACAAGUGUGUAAUAAUGUGCAUGUGUGAUUUGGAAAUGACAUUCUUUUGCAUAUCCCAACUCUCCCUGACACCUCAGAGAGUGGGUUCACAGCCGGGGUUGGCCAUUAUCAACAGCGACCCUGGAGCAAUUAGGGUUAAGUGCCUUGCUCAAGGGCACAUUGUCAUAUUUUUCGCCUUGUCGGCUCGGGGAUUCAAACUAACCAACCUUUCGGUUACAAAUACAUGAGAGUUGAGUUCAUUUACAACUACAAAUAUAAGUAUUAUUAAGUAUAAAAGUUGUGUUUCUAAGCUAGUCAAUCUUGGGAGCAAACUGAAUUUAAAUUGUGUUAUUGUAUGAUAUAAAGGGCACUAACAGAUAGCCUGUAUGCCAGCUAUGUAGGUAGGUUAGUCUGCCUAAUAUACACAGAUGGCAGCAACCCUUGUCUCUCAUCAGAUUUCAUGGGUGUCAUAGCAACUCCAUAUCCAAAUUAAAAAGUGCAAAUGGAUAUUGAACCCAUUGAAUCAAUAUCUAAUUUGUCUGAUUAGAAGGUAUGCAGUACUCAUACAACAGUACUAGCUUGGUGCUGCAGAAUAUAUUGCAUUAUAUUGGGAGCUAUUGUUUUCACCAGGAGAGAAGUCUUAUAAUAUGUCUUCAGAAUAAUGAACACCUUUUAACCAUCUAGCUGUAGAUUUUCAUAUUCGAAGCGUCUUUUUAUUACGCUUUGACAUGAUUCGUAGUUUUACAUGUAAAUACAACGGGGUUUUUGUUCAAGUCUUUUUUUAAGUGUCAUCUUACCUAUGCAGUUUAUGCCAAAAAUAUACUGAUGUUUACAGUUUCGAAAUAAAUGCUUGUUCUGUUUUUGUUGAAUGUCUGCAUGCUAUACGGUUACAAUGUACUUGAUACGCGUUAUACUUCAAUUGUACUUCAAUUGUACUUAGAUCAUGUGUACCUUUCUUAUUGUAAUAAAACUGGACGGAAGCCAUUGAAACUCGA